AAAUCAGGAGCCAAUCUCUUGGGGUGGGCUCCAGGAGCCACAGUUGCAGCCUGUCUGUCUGUCCAGAACCUGCUUCCACCUCAGACGCAGGCCUACUGUGUGCUGCUGUGAUGGGGUCUGAACUGGAGACUGCGAUGGAGACUCUCAUCAAUGUGUUCCACGCCCACUCGGGCAAGGAGGGGGACAAGUACAAGCUGAGCAAGAAGGAGCUGAAAGAACUGCUGCAAACCGAGCUUUCCGGCUUCCUGGAUACCCAGAAGGACGCAGAUGCUGUGGACAAGGUGAUGAAGGAACUAGACGAGAAUGGAGAUGGGGAAGUGGACUUCCAAGAGUAUGUGGUGCUGGUGGCUGCUCUCACAGUGGCUUGUAACAACUUCUUCUGGGAGAACAGUUAAGCACACAGGCACAGUGUGCAGCGCCCUUCCCCUCCACCCUUCCAACCUGCCUUUCACCCAGCUUUCGCUUCACUCCACCUAUCCCUCCCCACUCCCUUUAAAACACACAGGGCGCACAAGUGGCAGUCCAGGCCUGCAGCUCAUUUCAUUAAAGGCUUCUCUCUCGCCAGCCUUCAGUGUCUGUCUCCU